GUGAGAGGGAGAGGAUGAACAAUAACAGACUGUCCAAAAUAUUGGACGAUUGAGCGGCGCCAACCUCGAAACAAAAGUCUACUCGCUCUGUUUUAAACAAUGAAAACCUUUUUCAUGUGUAUUUGAUGUUGACAUCGCAGAAGCAUGCCUCUGUCAACUCAGUCCCAAGCAGAUGAUGACCAGUACAUUCUUAUAGCCAGUCUGGAUAAUGCAAAGAAUCUCUCCAACAUCCUCAAAGCCAUCUCUUUCAAGGACCAUGCCAUCUUUAAUGCAACACAGAAUGGUUUAAAGGUGACAGUAGAGGACUCCAAGUGUCUUCAAGCCAAUGCAUUCAUUCAGGCUGACAUCUUUCAAGAAUUCAUCAUCAAAGUGGAUGCAGUCGGGUUUCAGGUGAACUUGACUGUGCUCCUGGAUUGCCUCACCAUAUUUGCUGGUAGCACAGUGCCAGGUGUGUGCACUGCCCUGAAAAUGUGCUACGCUGGCUAUGGACACCCACUGACAUUGUUCCUGGAGGAAGGCGGCGUGGUCACAGUGUGCAAAAUCAAUACACAGGAGCCGGAGGAGCCCAUAGACUUUGAUUUUUGCAGCACAAAUGUAAUCAACAAGGUUAUUCUACAGUCAGACAGUCUCAAAGAGGCUUUCUCUGAGCUUGACAUGACCAGUGAGGUUCUCCAGAUUACUAUGUCACCAAGCCAUCCUUACUUCAGAUUAUCCACAUUUGGAAACUCUGGGAAUGCCCAUUAUGAUUACCCUAAAGACUCCGACAUGAUGGAGCUGUUCCAGUGUACUAAAACGCAGACAAACAGGUAUAAGAUGUCCCUGUUGAAGCCCUCUACAAAGGCUUUGGCCCUGUCCUGUAAAGUCUCAGUGAGGACUGACAGUCGAGGCUUCCUCUCUCUACAAUAUCUUGUGAGGAACGAUGAUGGACAGAUUUGUUUUGUGGAAUAUUAUUGCUGCCCAGAUGAAGAAGUGGAAGAAGAAUAGAUGGGACAUUUUUCAUGGUUUCUUUUGACUUUUACCAAUAUUGUAACGUUUACAAUGGAGAUGCUUCAUUUGAUUGGUUUGUUCUUAUGUACAACAUCUUUGCUUGUAAGGCUUUCUGAAAGAGCAAUGGUUUAUUGUAUAAUAUUUAGUGCACACUUAACUGAUAUUACAUCCCUCUGUAAUUAAAAAAAUGUUAACUAUAGUUAUAAAUAAAGUUCACGCUUUUA